GACCCAGGCACUGCCCUAAUAAACAGGCAUUGGCCUGAACAGAUAAGCUAUCAACGCGAUCACUUACAGCUCUAGCCAUUGUUCGACGCCAAUUAGCGCUUGACCGGACCUACCUCUACCAAUAUCAUUCUCACGCACAAUGGUUCCAACAAGGCUGUGGACUUUUGACCUAGAAUUUCUUAAUUUGGCCUGAGCCUCGUCCUCUGCAUCGUGCCGCUCCGGGGAAUUCCCGCUGCACCUGACCGAGAUAUUGGAACCAUGGAUGACACUCCUCGCUUCAUCAUAGGGCAUCAUGACCCCAAGCGUCCUUUACCUGUGUCACCACAGAUGAUUUCAGACGCACAUGCUGCCAACUAUGACAUGCUGACCAGCCCCAUUACAACACCACAGUUUCAUUCUCGAGUGUUGGCGAUACUGUCUACGACACUCUCGCAGCAAUCUAACACAUCAGACGUCGAUGUCACGAGAACCUAUAACGCAUCACCCAUCAUCGUGCCCGAGCUGACCCCAGCAGACACUCCGCUGACACCCGACGACACAAUUCCCCAGAUCAUUGGAAUCACCAGCCCCUGGAUCGAUGUCAGCUCUCCGGAUCCCAUCAUUGCCGAUGUCUCUCGACAAGUCCUGAAACUGGAGCUGGCCUACGCAGCAUUCUGUGGCAUCACACAUGCUGUGAUCCAAGCCCCUCGAUUACGCGGCAAUGGAGCUUCCGAUAGCAGAGUGGCCCAUUUCGCUCGAGCUUUGACGGAUGCCCUCGCCAAUGGACCUUAUAUGCAGCUAUAUCUGUGGUUUCCCAUGAUCGAUAACGAAGGGGAUCAGUAUGAUAGUAUGGGCGACCUAGCGCCAUUUGCCCGGCAACAAUUCUUGCAAGAGGAAGACUCUGAACAAGACGCAAGAUUGGAUUUGUUUGGUACUUGGGAAGCAUGGGACAUGAUUCGAUCGAUAUGUAAUUAUCCAUCCAGAUUAUGUGUAGGGUUGUCACUUCCAAAAGUGAUGCCACCAACACCGGUUCAAACCAGAUGGUAUUCUGAGCCCGUCCGACUCUUGACGCUGGACAGCAAGAUCUUCGCAAAGAACGCCAAAGGCUAUCCUGUGCUGACCAGGACACAUCAAGCAUUCAUCAAUCGAAUGGUUCGCCUCCGUUCAGUGCCAUGGUUCCUACUCUGCGAUGUCAGCCCAAUACCUCAAUUAUCGUACGACAGUUCAGGCAAUGUGAUAUCGACAUCAACAGGCUUUCCAUCUCUUGCUGAAGCGGCCACGAAUGCGCACUUGAAAGACCCUUCCCCUCAUCUCUCAUACAUGCGUAAUCUACAAACGAAGCAGACUCCCUUAUCUGACCUAGACCGCUUUGGCUCAGGAUACCAAGAUUAUCUACAAGCACCGCUCCAGCCAUUGACUGUCAACCUGGAGAGCAUCACAUAUGAAGUAUUUGAGAAAGAUCCCGUCAAGUAUGCCUGGUAUGAACGUGCUGUGGCACGGGCUCUGCACGACUGGAUUGAACAGGGAAAGCCAACAUCAAACCCCGAUGGACGAGUGGUUGUGGCUGUGGUCGGCGCCGGGAGAGGACCUUUAGUGACCCGUGCUCUGAAGGCCAGUCAGGACGUCGAUGUCGAUAUUGACAUGUGGGCAUUGGAAAAGAAUCCCAACGCCUUUGUCCUCUUGCAACGACAUAAUCAAACGACAUGGAACCAGCAAGUUAAUCUGGUCAAGUCAGAUAUGAGAACAUGGCGAGGACCUCUUCGACCCGGGAAUAUGCCAACUCCACGACGGAUCUACAACACCGAGGAUAUCGAAGCUGAAGAUGAAGACGAAGUAUCUACCACAGCAGACUCAUCCAGAAGACCUUCCGCCACCGAAGCCCAUGAUGUUACUGAACAAGCACAACCAAUCCCAUAUAAGAUCGACAUCUUGAUUUCCGAACUCCUGGGCUCUUUCGCCGACAACGAACUCAGUCCCGAAUGUUUAGACGGGGUACAACAUUUAAUGAAUCCCGUGCAUGGAAUCAGUAUCCCAUCAUCAUACACAGCACACAUCACACCGAUUGCCGCGCCUAAAUUACAUGCUGAUAUUAACCAUGGCUUGACGAGUACAACACCACAUGCGGCUGAGAUUCCGUAUGUGGUCAUGUUUAAUGCGAUCGAUUUUCUCAGCACGACGACGACGACGACGACGACGACGACGACGACAUCAUCAACCUCGACAUUGCCAUCAUCUUCAUCACCAUCAUCGACAAGUCCAAUCGCUGUCGCAUCACCUCCAUUAUCAGUUCCUAAUUCCCAACCCCUAUCACCGACAAGUGGUGGACCACCAUACUCGAAAAUCCACACAAUAUCAUCAUCUUCACCUUCCCCGUUACCAUCACCAUCACCAUCGAGCCCACCAAUCUCCGUCCCUCCGCCACCUCAACCCUCUACACUAACCCCCAUCAUUGGCACAACAUGGUCCUUUCAACACCCUAAUCCAUGGCUCCCCAACCCUAUUCCAUUCACCAACACCACCACCAACCCCUCCCCCUCCUCGUCUUCAUUAUCAAACAACACCCAAAUCUACACCGAACCCACACGAACCAACUCGCACAACGCACGCAGCAGUAUCUUGAAAUUCCCCAUCCGCCAUCGAGGAACAUGCCAUGGAUUAGCGGGAUAUUUCGAAACCGUGUUAUACAAAGGAGUGGAAUUGUCAACGAAUCCCAAUACCAUGGAUGCGAAGAGUGAGGGGAUGAUCAGUUGGUUUCCCAUUUAUUUUCCUUUGAAGACUCCACUAUCAAUCCCCGACAAUGCGGAACUGACUGUCACCAUGUGGCGACGCACUGAUGAUCGUCGCGUCUGGUAUGAAUGGUUGGUUGACGUGUAUGUCUAUGUGACUUCACCAUCGAGUGGGUCGAUGGCUGGACGGCAGGGUCGAAAUUCAACCAAGAUGCGUGUUGGAGGAAGUGUUCUACAUUCAAGUGAGAAGGAUGCUUGUUUGAUGUGAGGACGCAUCAUGACACAGACAUCAUUUUUCACUUGAACAUCGAUGGGGAGGGAGCGGAUUGAAGUUUGAUUACUACCUAGACAUUCAAGUACACCGCCGAAAAUCGAAUUGCCCCCAUAGGUAGGUACUUUAUUCAGGCGACUGUGAUCAUGGUAGGUCAUUAAAGG